GGAGAGACAAGAGAAAGGAACGGAUGCGAAGGGACGAACGUGCGCACAUCCGAAAUCCACCGCACGAAACGACGACACCGUCACUGAAUCCGAUGGCGCCGACACCAGAUUUUGUGUUCUCAGACGCGACACUUGGAAUUUCCAUGAAUAUCCGAAGCUCCCCCUGAAAAAUAUCUCCCCACCGAAAAGCAGAGCAGCCUCAAGAACUCCGAAACCUCUGUUUGAACCGCGAGAAUGCCGAUCCUGACUGCGAAUCUUGGACUGGCGGGUCCGUCGUCGACUACCCUUUUCGCGCUCUCGCAGCUCUUCUCCGGUGACCCGGCCCCUGCCCCCGCGGUCCGCUACAACGGCGGCGGUUUCCCCAGGAUUUGCCUCAAGAACGCGGUUUCCAGGAGACCCUUUUGCUUUCGCGGCCUCGUCAGGGCCUCCGUGUCCGUCUCCGGCGACGCUUGGACGAGGGACGGCGAGGGAGGAGCCACCACCGCCGGUGCCGAGGCCGCGAAUGGGGUGCCUUAUCCGGACGCCGAGAGACAAGCUCGGUGGUCUGCUGAUUGGAAGGCAGCAAGGGCGUAUAACGAGAGUGGACUGAUUUAUAAGGGAAGAGUUGAAGGAUUCAAUGGAGGAGGAUUGUUGGUCCGGUUUUAUUCUCUUGUUGGCUUUCUACCCUUCCCACAGUUGAGCCCAUCGUAUUCUUGCAAAGGACCAGCCAAGAAUAUCCAAGAGGUUGCAAAAUGUUUGAUUGGCUCAGUUGUUCCUGUGAAGGUAAUCCAAGCAGAUGAAGACAGCAGACAAUUAAUAUUUUCUGAAAAAGAAGCGGUCUGGUCUAAGGUUUCUGGACAGAUUAAUGUAGGAGAUAUCUUUCAAGCCAGGGUGGGUUCUGUUGAGGAUUAUGGUGCAUUUGUUCACUUACAAUUUCCUGAUGGAUUGUAUCAUCUUACUGGACUAGUACAUGUAUCUGAGGUUUCAUGGGAUUUGGUUCAAGAUGUGAGAGACAUUCUAAGUGAAAAUGAUGAAGUGAAGGUCAAAGUCAUCAAUAUUGAUAGAGAAAAGUCAAGGAUUACUCUGUCAAUGAAGCAGUUAGAGGAGGAUCCACUUCUUGAAACUUUGGACAAAGUGAUUCCUCAGGAUGGCUCAGUUAAUUCUGAUGCUUCCAGCACUAACAGCAGCAGCAAGAUUGAUCCUCUUCCUGGGCUUGAAAUAAUUAUUCAAGAACUACUGCAGGAGGAAGGCAUAGAAGAUGUGAGAAUAAAUCGACAAGGUUUUGAGAAACGGGUGGUUUCGCAGGACCUCCAACUCUGGCUCUCCAACGCACCACCAACAGACAAGAAAUUUAUCCUUCUUGCUCGUGCUGGGAGGCAGGUGCAAGAAAUACAAUUGACAACACUGCUUGAUCAGGACGGAAUUAGGAAGGCACUACAGCAAGUUUUAGAGCGUGUCCCGUGAUGGGCAUGAUAAUUGACUGGACUGUAUUAGGUGGCCAGUGUCUCUGUAGAGGAAGGCUUCUAGCUCUGACCUGCCCAUCUCUUGUUUGAAGCAUUUUACUUGAGCUUUGUGGUGCCCCGGAACUGGAUUUGUGGUACCCUUUACCACAUUAAGAACACGGGUAUCACAAUUUUGGUAUCGUGUAACACAAAUGAGAUUACGAUGUUCUGUUCAUAAUAGGAUUAUGUUCACACUUGGACCAGGGUUUCAAUCGACGGAAGCACACUAGAGUAAUGGUCUUCAUGAUCCUACAAAAUUAUACCCAAUUCUUAAA